AUGGAGGAGGCUGCUAUUGGGGUUGGGCGCAGGCGAGCUGGCGACAUUGUGGGGGAGGCCAGUUGGGCAAGUAGCGUCAUCAACUUGGUGAAUACUAUUGUUGGUGCCGGUGUGCUUGCAAUGCCCCUAGCCAUCUCACGCAUGGGAAUCGUUCUCGGCGUCUGUGUUGUUAUAUGGUCUGGGAUGACCGCAGGAUUCGGCCUCUAUCUACAAUCACUAUGCGCUCAGUACCUUGACCGAGGCAGCGCUUCUUUCUUUGCCUUGUCACAAUUGACAUAUCCCAACGCCGCUGUGGUCUUCGACGGCGCGAUCGCAAUUAAAUGUUUCGGAGUUGGCGUGAGCUAUCUCAUCAUCAUUGGAGAUCUCAUGCCGGGGGUAGUCCAGGGCUUUGUUGGCAGCGAGCCAGGCUAUGACUUCCUGGUAGAUCGUCACUUCUGGGUCACGGCUUUUAUGUUGAUUGUGAUUCCUCUUUCCUACCUACGCCGAUUGGACUCCUUAAAGUACACUAGCAUCGCGGCCUUGGUGUCUAUGGCCUAUUUGGUCGUUUUGGUUGUGUACCAUUUCGUCCUGGGAGAUACAAUGGAAGAUCGGGGCCCUAUCCGCGUGGGCCAUUGGGCUGGCCCAAUUCCGACUCUCAGCAGCCUGCCUGUAAUUGUCUUUGCAUUCACUUGCCAUCAAAAUAUGUUCUCCAUACUCAACGAAAUUGCCAACAACAGCCAUUUCCGCACCACUGCAGUGGUUUUGGCAAGCACAGGAAGUGCGGCGGCGACUUAUAUCCUCGUCGCUGUCACUGGAUAUCUGUCCUUUGGCAACAAAGUCGGCGGCAAUAUUGUUGGCAUGUAUCCGCCUGGCUUGUAUGCAACAAUUGGGCGCGCCGCAAUUGUCAUGCUUGUAGUCUUCUCCUACCCGCUCCAGUGCCACCCUUGUCGUGCAUCAGUCGACGCUGUCCUAAAAUGGCGUCCUCAACCUCAACCUCGUGGCACAGAGGGCUCCCCUCACCGUCACCCGCUUCUGGGGCCACGGGGCAAUCGCACACCAGAACCGAUGAGCGACCUUCGCUUUUCCAUCAUUACAACCACUAUCCUUAUUCUCAGCUACCUCGUUGCCAUGACCGUGUCAUCCCUUGAAGCCGUUCUAGCCUACGUCGGUAGCACUGGCAGCACAAGCAUCAGCUUCAUCCUUCCCGGCCUGUUUUACUACAAAAUCUCCUCUCCGGACUCACCCACACACCGAGGUCUGUUGAAAGAGGAUGAUGAGCUAGACGACGAUCUGUCUGACGAAGAUAACGGAGACGAUGGUGAGGGCUCUCUUGCCCGUUCUUUGACCGAGAGUGGCCUCCUGCCCCGUGGAUCCCGCCACUGGCGCAAGGCAAUUCUCCGCCGCCUUAGUCUGGCAUUAGCUGCAUAUGGCUUCCUUGUCAUGAUAGUGUGUCUGAUCACGAACACGUUCUUCAAAGCUUCACAUUAA